AUGCAGAUAACGAAGGAAAAAGGAGAUCAACCGAACAAAGUCAUUACAGAAACGUUUUUGAAGGCUAAAGAGGACAGUGUAUAUGUCAAGUGUAAAGACGUAAAUAAUAAACAAACUAUUACAAAUAAGGAGAAUUGUCCAAAUGGAAAAAUACGUUGUAAUAAUCUUGAAGGGGAUGGAAAAAAAGAACAUAUGGAAUGUAUAAAAAGAAGAAUAAAAAAACAAAAGAAAAAAAAAAAAGAUGAUAGAGAAAAUUAUAACAACUUUUUUAACUCAAAAAUGUAUUUACCUUCACUAAAAGCUAAUAAAGAGGAGUUAAAAUUUUUUUUUAAAAUUUUACAUAAUAUGAUGGAACGAAAUAAAUCAGACAAUAUAUAUAUAAAUCUUAUGGAUAUAUUAUGCAAAAAUUUUCCAAAAUAUAUUGGACUGUUUGCAAAUUUAUGGUUUCAAUGUAAAACAUUAUUAGCAGAGAAAUUAAUAUUAAUUGAAUUCUUUAGACAGCUAAAAGUAAAUUCAGAAAUAAUUAAUCAUUUUUUUAAUUAUGGAUAUGACUCAUUCGAAACAGUGUUAUCUAUUACUCCUCAAGACUUAGCCAAAAUUCAACAUUUUAAUAAUGUUACUUGGGCACCUGGGCAUGUGUUCAGAAUGAAAAUAAUUUUCUUAAAAAUACACGAUUAUUUUAAAAUUUUCAUUCAAAAAAAUGAUGAUUAUAUUAAAAAAAUUAACGAAUUUAUUUUAAAUAAAAGAAAAAAAACUGACUUAACAGAACAGCUCUGUAUACCACAACAAAAUUAUGAAAAAAUGAAAAAAAUUAAUUAUUCCCCUCUAAUCUCCCCAAGGUCAAGCAAUUUAAAUACAAUUACUUAUCAACCAUAUAAAUAUAUGAACCUUAAAGCAAAAACGGUCCUAUAUAAUAAUGAUAGUAUGUACCGUAGAAACAAUAUCAACAUUUCAAAUUAUCACUGUUCCCCGAAACCCAUAAUGCGUAGUCUUCAAAAUAUUUUUCUAUGCCAUCCGCGUUAA